CGCAGGAAUCUGUCUGGCAAAAGAGGCAGUUCUGACUGGGGACGUUUGAGACAUACACUGUGGGCAGGAAGCCUCCCCAGCUUUCUGAGGAUGAUAUCCGGCUAAAAAACCAGCGAGACAACUGCAGUGCCAACCCCUUGGAGCCUGCAACCAGCUCCCUUCCCCCAGAUCACAAAAACAUGGAAAUUGAGGUCUCUGUUGCAGAAUGUAAAAGUGUUCCUGGAAUCACCUGUACCCCACAUUCCAUGGACCACUCCUCCCCUUUCUACUCACCCCCCCACAAUGGCCCCCUCGGUGAUCACCAUGAAGCUCUGGAUAAGGAUGUGGCCAGAGAGAUCCGCUAUCUAGACGAGGUGCUGGAGGCCAGCUGCUGUGAUUCUGCUGUGGACGGAACUUACAACGGUACAUCGUCCCCGGAGCCAGGCGCAGCCAUCGUGGGGGGUGGCCCAAGCUCACCAGGCCACGCAGCGGUCCAGCCGGACCCCCCGGAAAGGGCAGCUGAUAGACAGGCCCCUCCUCACACUGAGCUCAGUACCAGCUACUCUGACGCCAUGGCAGAGGGCGAAAAAGCCAAUGGCCACUCCCCCGCCCAGCCCCGAGAUCUGCUGGGGGACAGCCUGCAGGCCCCCGCGAGCCCCAGCUCCUCCACCAGCUCGCGGUGCUCGGGCCGCGAUGGGGAGCUCACGCUGACCACGCUGAAGAAGGCGGCCAAGUUUGAGCUGCGUGCCUUCCACGAGGACAAGAAGCCCUCCAAGCUCUUUGAGGACGACGAGAAUGAGAAGGAACAGUACUGUGUCAGGAAAGUGAGGCCUUCGGAAGAGAUGCUGGAGCUGGAAAAGGAAAGGAGAGAGCUCAUCCGGAGUCAGGCGGUGAAAAAGAAUCCUGGCAUUGCGGCAAAAUGGUGGAAUCCUCCCCAGGCCAAAACCACAGAGGAGCAGCUGGACGAGGAGCCUCUGGAGUCGCACAAGAAAUACAAGGAGCGCAAGGAGAGAAGAGCGCAGCGGGAGCCUGGGCCAACGCCGCGGCAGCCCGUCCCCGCGCAGCUGUGCGCGGCCCCUGCCGCCCCGAGCGAGCACGCCGGCGCGGGCGAGCACGCAAAGGAGGACAUCGUCACCGAGCAGAUAGACUUCUCCGCGGCGCGCAAACAGUUCCAGCUCAUGGAGAGUUCCGGGCCAACAGUGGCCAAGGGCCAGAGUACACCCAGGCUCUUCUCUAUCAAGCCCUUUUACAGGCCUCUAGGGUCAGUCAACUCAGACAAGCCACCGACCAUCUCGAGACCAGCUUCCAUCGGGGGGCCUCCAGAAGACGGGGGUGCAUCGGCAGCCAAGGGGCAGAAAGCGAGCUGUGCCCUGGAGAGCCAGUCUUCAGGGGGAAGCCAGGGUAGCACAGCUCCUCAGGGGAAGGAAGGGCCCUACAGUGAGCCUUCCAAACGCGGGCCCUUAUCCAAACUGUGGGCGGAAGACGGGGAGUUUACCAGUGCCCGGGCCGUCCUCACUGUGGUCAAGGAUGACGACCCUGGGAUCUUGGAUCAGUUUUCCAAGUCAGUCAAUGUCUCUCUGACCCAAGAGGAGCUUGACUCUGGUUUGGAUGAAUUGUCAGUGAGGUCCCAGGAUACCACUGUCCUGGAGACCCUGUCCAAUGAUUUUAGCAUGGACAACAUCAGUGACAGCGGGGCAUCCAAUGAGACCACCAACGCCCUCCAGGAAAACUCACUGGCCGAUUUUUCUCUGCCCCAGACUCCACAAACUGACAACCCUUCCGAGGGCCGGGGAGAAGGCGUCUCCAAGUCAUUUAGUGAUCACGGUUUCUAUUCCCCUUCGUCCACACUGGGAGACUCGCCCUCGGUUGAUGACCCCUUGGAAUAUCAGGCUGGUCUCCUGGUGCAGAGUGCCAUUCAACAAGCUAUAGCCGAGCAAGUGGAUAGAGCCGUGUCCGAAACCAGCCAGGGUGGGAUAGAGCAGCAGGGACCUGGAGCAACUCUAGAGGAAGCUGGAACUGGGGCUCCCGGCUCAGAGAAGCCUCAGAGCACGUUUGAGCCACCCCAGGUGUCCUCUCCUGUUCAGGAGAAAAGGGAGGUGUUACCAAAGAUUCUGCCUGCCGAAGACAGGGCACUCAGGGAAAGGGGGCCCUCCCAGCCGCCGCCCGCAGUGCCGCCCAGUGGCCCGGUAAACAUGGAGGAGACCAGACCGGAAGGGAGCUAUUUCAGCAAGUACUCGGAGGCAGCUGAGCUGAGAAGCACAGCCUCGCUCCUGGCCACUCAGGAGUCCGAUGUGAUGGUUGGGCCCUUCAAGCUGAGGUCCAGGAAGCAGCGGACUUUGUCCAUGAUCGAGGAAGAGAUCCGAGCAGCCCAGGAAAGGGAAGAGGAGCUGAAGAGGCAGAGACAAGUCUUGCAGAGUACCCAGAGCCCCAGGGCAAAGAACGCCCCGUCGCUGCCCUCCCGAACAUCAUGCUACAAAACCGCGCCAGGGAAAAUAGAGAAAGUCAAACCUCCUCCAUCCCCCUCACCUGAAGGCCCCAGCUCACAGCCUGACUUAGCCCCCGAAGAGGCUGCCGGAUCCCAGCGGCCCAAGAAUCUGAUGCAGACCCUCAUGGAAGACUAUGAGACCCACAAAUCUAAAAGGCGUGAGAGAAUGGAUGAUAGUAGUGUCCUUGAGGCCACACGGGUUAAUCGAAGAAAGAGCGCCCUGGCCUUGCGCUGGGAGGCAGGGAUCUAUGCCAACCAGGAGGAAGAAGACAAUGAAUAACAAACUUCCUUCCACCCAGGAAGCUUCUUUGGUGCUUGGGUUACCAAGAAACCAAGAAAUCCACACAUUGAAGCAUUUUAAUGGAAUAUUUAUUAAAGUGCGAACAAACUUGGGAAUCCUUAUGUAGACCAGAAGCUGCAAUGACCAACGAUGAAAAAUCAAGUAAAAAGAACCCACCCAUCAAACUCUAUAAACACCCAGGAGUCAAAAGAGAAAGGAUUUUUUUUUUUUUGAGACUCAAAGGAUCACCUGGAUGUGGACCAGUCCUUUGAUCCAAAAGGACAAGCAGAUCAACAUGGUUGCUACAGGCAGAACUAAAACCAGCCCCGCGGGGUGAUGAGGACAAACAUUGGUAACAGGGCCAUUUAGUGCAGUAGAGCCCAGACUGGUGCAAUCUACAGGGCGUAGGAUGCUCCCUGCACCAGCUUCCCGCCUUCACUCACGGCAUCCGAGGUGUUGGGAUAACUUCAUUUACUCCAGCAGCUAUAAAAUCAAAUGCAAGUUUCUCUUUAUUUGCCCGGAAGAGGCAAUUAGGAUUCCAUUUCUCUUACAUUUAAUUGUUUUUAAUUGGGAGCAAUCGAUGAUGGCAAUACAUAAAAUCCACAUUUUUAAGACAAUGUUUCUUCUUAUUGCAAACAAUUUAUUCUACAGGAAGGGGUUGAGAAAGAGGGAGAAAGCCAAACCAAAUGGAUUGUCUUAGCUUUAGGAUCUCAUCUGCUUAUAGUAUU